ACUGGACCGAGUCUCUUUGCAGGACGGUAAAAAGGAAGAGAGAGAGAGAGAGGAGAGCGCAGCGCUGCAGCUCCGGGAGCGCGUGCUAGGAAGGAAGUUCCAUUGAAUUCAAUGGGACUUACUCUCACGUGAGCGAGAUUACUAUGGAGUCAAUGAUGAAAUUGCAGAGGGUACAGCUGAAAUGCAAGAACCUUCAUGAAUUCCUGCGGGGCCUCAGCCCUGGCAUCUUAGACCGGCUCUACAACCAUCCUGCCACAUGCCUAGCUGUCUUUCGGGAGCUGCCGGGGUUGGCCAAGAACUACGUCAUGAGGAUGCUUUUCCUGGAACAGCCCCUCCCUCAGGCCGCUGUGGCAUCGUGGGUCAAGAAGGAAUUCACCAAGGAGCAGGAUGAAAGCUCGGAUGUUUUGCUGGGGUUGCGGCUCUGGCACACGCAGGUGCUCCCCGGCGGCCUCCAAGGAAUCGUCUUGAACCCCAUCUUUAAGGAGAACCUGCGCAUCGCCUUGCUGGGAGGAGGCAAGGCCUGGUCUGAUGACACUGGCCAGCUGGGCCCCGACAAGCACGCCCGGGAUGUCCCUUCUCUUGACAAGUACGCCGAGGAGAGGUGGGAGGUCAUCCUGCAUUUCAUGGUGGGCUCUCCAAGUGCAGCCGUGAGCCAGGACUUAGCUCAGCUACUCAUUGAAGCUGGACUGAUGAAGAGUUCUGAACCUGGGGAGCCCCCCUGCAUCACAUCUUCCGGCUUCCAGUUCCUGUUGCUGGAUACCUCAUCUCAGCUCUGGUAUUUCAUGCUGCAAUAUCUCCAGUCAGCUGAGACCCGGGGCAUGGAUCUGGUGGAGAUUCUUUCCUUUCUCUUCCAGCUUAGCUUCUCCACUCUCGGCAAGGACUAUUCCGUGGAAGGGAUGAGCGAGUCUCUGCUGAAUUUCCUCCAGCACCUUCGGGAAUUUGGCCUCGUCUUUCAGAGAAAGAGGAAAUCUCGCCGUUACUACCCAACACGGCUGGCCAUCAACCUCUCCUCCGGCAUCUCGGGCACCACAGUGGACACCCAUUACCAGGGCUUCAUAAUUGUGGAGACCAACUACAGGAUCUAUGCCUACACAGAUUCUGAACUACAGAUUGCGCUCAUCGCCCUCUUUUCCGAGAUGCUCUACCGCUUCCCCAACUUGGUGGUGGCCCAAGUCACCCGGGAGAGUGUGCAGCAAGCCAUCGCCAAUGGCAUCACAGCAGACCAGAUCAUUCAUUUCCUACGUACCAGAGCCCACUCUGUGAUGCUGAAACAGACCCCGGUGCUUCCUCCCACCAUCACAGAUCAGAUCCGGCUGUGGGAGCUGGAACGAGACAGACUCCGCUUCUCUGAGGGUGUCCUCUACAACCAGUUCCUGUCCCAGGUUGACUUCGAGCUUCUGCGCAACCACGCGAAGGAACUCGGGGUCCUUGUCUUCGAGAACCCGGCCAAACGUCUCAUGGUGGUGACGCCCGCCGGCCACUCAGAUGUCAAGCGCUUCUGGAAGCGGCAGAAACACAGUUCCUGAAGGCCGGGGAACUGCCGGCACUCCCAUAUCUCUCUCCUUGCACUUUCUGAUGGGAAACGGGAGUCGGGGUGGGGGUGUGGCUGCAUCCUCCUGCCCCUAACUGUCAAGGAGCAGCAGAGAGACAGAGAGGAAGGAGAAGAAGGUUUCGUAGGGGUUGCCUGAUGACUCCCCUCCGGUCAAGAACGGAUGAAGAGGAGCAGCAAAACAUCUCUAGGUUCAGCUUCCUCUUAACAGAAGUGGCUAAAGCUUGCCUGCUGCCACUCGUUCUCUGAGCGGAUGUGGCCCUGCUGUUCUAGUUGAGCUACUGCUGAUACGGAAUAGGUUAAGACAACUAAACAGCCAUUUAAAAUGUACAUGCCAGGGUGCCAUAAUGGAUUUGGAACAGACUUGUACCGUUUAAAUGGAAAUUCGAUCUAAAACCUCGAUCGAGCAGUUUAACAACAUUGGGUCAGAUUUGUAAAUAGUCUCUUUUUUGUAAUGUUUUUAUUGGGAUAGAAGUAUCAAUAAAACACCCACAUCUGAAGUUAUUUUAGAUGGGUUCCUUUCCCUUCUCUCCUUACGUUAUGAAGGAGUUCAGCACGCCGGUUUGCCGAGUACAUCGAGGAAACCCUAAGAGAGGUCAGGAACUGCAGGCAAAUGUGCUUCCUCUGGACUAUGUGCGAAAGUUGAAUCAACCCUUGUUUGGGCCAGGUGGUUAAGCAGCCCUGGAAAGUAGCCCACAAAAAACUGAAUAGUCUGCAUGAAAUGUAUUUUAUCCUGUCUUCUGAAGUGGGCAUAAUUGUGCAGGAUUAUGGGGCUUGCUCCAUUGUGAGUGGGUGACUGGGCUUUCAGGCUGCAAUCCUGCACACACUAGGUGCCAGAUUGCAAGUGUGAUUGGGGGUGGGAGCGGCAAUGUCACAUGCGUGACAUUCUGCGCAUGAGCAUCACACCUCCCUCCCUGAACCAGGCAGAAGCCUCCUGGGCUUUGAGAAGGAGGAGGACAUUUAGGUGACUAGCCUAGUCCCCCUCGUCCACUGACGAGGGAUAUAAAGGUAAUUAUUUAGUAUUGCAGUAUUGGCAGAAAAUGGUAUAGAUAGAUGUAGGUAUUAAAAUAUUUCUUUUAAUUUAUUUGACAGAAUCUGGAUUAAUUAAAAAAACACUUUAUGCGGUUUACAUAAAGUAAGAGUUUAAAACAAGUUUAACCUAAAAGAAUGACAAAAAUACAAAAGAAACCCACAGUUUCAAUAUAUACAUUAUAAAAUGAAAUCACGUAUUGAACUACACUUUACAUAUC